UGCUUCUCUUUCUCUCUCUCUCUAUCUCUUAAUUUCGACACAGGGGAGGGGGGAGGAGGAGGAGGAGGACCAGACCGAGGAGAGAGAAACGCAGUUUGAUGGUGAGGAGGAGAGAGAGACGGGGGAGAUCGAAGAACAGUGACAUUGAGAGAGAGAGAGGAGAGAGAGAGUGAGUGUGAAGUCCACAUGGCCUCUCUUCCCUUGGGGCCUCACCACCACCACCAACCGCCGCCGCCAGCUCAAGCUCCUCCCGACACCGAUAAGGAAGUGUCACCAGCUGUUUACGAGAGUAAGAAUGCUGUAACAGGUCACAUCAUAUCAACCACCAUUGGCGGAAAAAAUGGUGAACCCAAGCAGACCCUCAGCUAUAUGGCAGAGCGCAUUAUAGGCAAUGGAUCUUUUGGAGUCGUGUUUCAGGCACGAUGCUUGGAGACUGGAGAGACAGUUGCCAUAAAGAAGGUCCUGCAGGAUAGACGAUACAAAAAUCGUGAACUGCAGUUGAUGCGUGUGAUGGAUCAUCCAAAUGUGGUUUCCCUGAGGCACUGCUUCUUCUCUACAACAAACAAUGAUGAGCUUUUCCUUAAUUUGGUUAUGGAAUAUGUCCCUGAGAGUCUCUACCAAGUUCUGGAGCAUUAUAGGAGUAUGAAUCAGCAGAUGCCACUGAUAUAUGUGAAGUUAUAUACCUAUCAAAUCUUCCAAGGGCUGGCAUAUAUUCAUUCCGUGCCUGGGGUUUGCCAUAGGGAUGUAAAGCCACAAAAUAUUUUGGUGAAUCCUCUCACUCACCAGGUCAAGCUUUGUGACUUUGGUAGUGCAAAAGUUCUGGUCAAUGGCGAAGCAAACAUAGCCUACAUAUGCUCCCGCUACUAUCGCGCUCCAGAGCUUAUAUUUGGUGCAACAGAGUAUACCACAUCUAUCGACAUAUGGUCCGCUGGUUGUGUUCUUGCAGAGCUUCUCCUGGGACAGCCACUCUUUCCAGGAGAAAAUGCAGUGGACCAACUUGUAGAGAUCAUCAAGGUUCUUGGUACUCCAACACGAGAAGAAGUUCGAUGCAUGAACCCUAAUUAUACAGACUUCAGAUUUCCACAAAUCAAGGCUCAUCCUUGGCACAAGAUAUUCCACAAGCGGAUGCCUCCUGAAGCGAUUGACCUUGCUUCAAGGCUUCUUCAGUAUUCACCAAGACUUCGCUGCACUGCUCUAGAAGCUUGUGCCCAUCCCUUCUUUGAUGAGCUUCGUGAACCCAAUGCGCGCCUUCCGACUGGUCGCCCCUUGCCCCCCAUUUUCAAUUUCAAGCAAGAGUUAGCUGGAGCUUCCCCUCAAUUAGUCAACAGGCUAAUACCAGAGCAUGUGCGACGAUUGAACGGCCUGAAUGUCCCUCAUCCGGUUGGUAUGUAAAUGGAAAGAUAAGCUAAGUUGAUUUUACCCAGAGCAAAGGAAGGGACGCAGGCGAAACCGCAAGAACUUUUGUGAGAGCAUUCUGGUAAAAUCAGCAGUUUUUCUCACCCUGCAAGUUGUAUACAUGUACCGUCUUUACAGCUUUUCUAGUGCCUUUUACUGUCUUUACAGCUAUUGCUAGUGUCUGUAUUUCAUUUCAGCUAAAAAUAUUGUGCUUAUGUUGUAAAUCUUGUGAUGUGAAAGAGGGAAAAGAAAGAAUAGAAAGCUAGUGGUCUAAAUGUGUAAUGCAAUCAAUGUUAUGAGCUGUGCAGGGCUUCAGACCAGAGAAGUCCAUGUAGCUCCAUUCAAAUAGCGUGGUUGAAUUUUCUAAAUGAAUUUAGUUGGUGUCA